GCACAAAACGGAGCGCUUCAUAGAGUUCACAACUUCACAACUGCAACCGCGAACGAUGCGGACGAGUUCUCUCUCAAAUCGAGCAUCAAAAACUUGAGAUGCCUGCACUUUCAAAUCUUGAGGUAAAAGCCAUAUUUAGAUCUUGAAACUGCGAAGGAUCUAGAGAUCAUCCUAUCUGUUUCAUUGCCGAACAAUGGCAGUGCUGAUCGAGAGCUCCGUUUGGGAACCAAGUCCCGCUCUCUACAUCUUCAUUUUCCUCUGUUGCUUCUUCUCCGUCUCACUAUUCCCUCGCGCUUCCAAAAGCAGCAACAAUUCCAACAGAAUUCCCUCUAUUCUCGACAACGGCAACUCCUCCUCUCUCCUCCGUUUCCGCUGCAACUUUCUCCUCCUCUACUCUCUCGCAUCAGUGAUGGAGGGGCUGUGGUCGGUGUUUGGAGAGUUUGAGUUAGCAUUCGAUGGGGUUUCUAAGGAGCAAAUGGCGUUCUCUCUUUGUGUUGGUCAUGCAGCUGUUCUCUUCCUUGGUCCUUUCUUAGGAGUGCUUUCUGAUUUAAUAGGACAGAAAAAAGCUUGUCUAGCCUUCUGGAUCCUACACCUUUUUGUUGGCGUGUGGAAGAAACUUAGUGCACAGCCAAGUUUCUUGCUGGCAAGUAUCUGUUUGUCACUGGCCACUUCAAUCUUUGUGUUCAGUUUCGAGACAUGGGUGGUUGUAGAAAACGAAAAGCAAGGGCACAGGCAAGAUAGUUUGGGUGACACAUUUUGGUUAAUGACUUUCUUUGAAUCAGCAUCAUUAAUUGCAAGCCAGGUGCUUGUGAAUUUGCUGAUAGGCAGUAAUCUGCAAAAAGGCAUUACCUCUACUUCAAAUGCAGCAAUGUUUUUGGCAAUUACAGGCAUCAUCUGCGUAUCUAGAUGGACAGGAAAUCCACAUACACCAACAAUUCAGGAAUACAAGAUGUCUUUCAGUGCAUAUAUCUUCCAUGAUAAAAGAAUGUGGCUAUUGGUAUGCACACAGGCUUGCCUUCAGUUUUCCAUUGUGGUCUUCUGGAUAUUGUGGGCCCCAACGGUGGUGGCUGAUGGACGAGAAGUGCAUCUAGGGCUGAUAUAUUCAUGUUUGCUGGGAGCAAGAAUGCUUGGAAGUAUAGUAUUCCCAUGGCUGAUCAAUGGUCCAGCAUCAUUGCGCACUGAGGAUUGCCUCGUAUACACAUUCAUUACAUUGGGACUUGUCUUGUCUAUAGUUGCCUAUGAUUAUCAGGAAAUUGGAGUUCUAGUAUCACUAUUCUGCAUAUUUCAUGCCGGUGUUGGCCUAGUUAUACCCUCCCUUGCAAGAUUGAGGACCAUGUAUGUGCCAAAUGAGUUGCGUGGAGGGGUGAUAAGUCUUUCUCUAACCAUGGCAAAUGCUGCUCUUCUUUUUUGUCUGAUGCAAAGAGGUUACCAUCAGAGCAUAGAGAAUGCAACAAUGAUGGCAUUUGCUGCGAUUGGGCUUUUUACAGCAGCUGGUUGUAUGUACUUGUUGAAACGAUGGGGAAAGCAACCGUACCAAAACUGGCAUAAACAGUGAUUUUGUGCCCCAGGAUUGCAGUCAGCACCAAAGUUGAGAAAUCAUUGCUCCUGUUGUCACUUGUCAGUCCUGAUCGAUGAGAUGAGAGAUGACGAUGCAAAUCAAGGGUUAUGUUCCUUCAAAUGUGAGGAGGUAUUUGAGCUGCUGCCGGAAGGUUUUCUCAGGUCAGGUAUAACUUGAAAGACGGUUCAAUAUCUGACCCGACUAAGGGGCAUUCGAGGUGCCACCCAUGAGAAGAUAGCUGUGGAGGAAUUUGGAGCAGGAUACUUGUGCACCUAAUGUCUUAAAAGUAAAAGCUUUGUGGAGCAUUUUAGUUAAAUUAUUGGGUUCUAAUCUAAAUGUAAGAGAUGAAUUUCGAGAUUAA